CGUAUCCUGGAGUCAGGUAAGGUAACGCUCCUGCAAUGUGAUCAGGGUCAACGCGUGCUGGAGCCCAAGCUCUUAACACAUCCAUGCCAUUGGCUUCGAACAGUGUGAUGAGUUCAGUGUAGGUACACGGCGCACGACAACUACAAUGAUGUCGACGUGGUUCCUGUUGCCGUUCUUGGUGCUGGUGGUUGGAUGCAUUGCCAUUGGUUCGAAAGGAUACUGGCGCUUUGCUAACCUUCCACAGACUAUAAAUGUACCUGAAAAUGCCCCACUGGGGAUGACGGUUUUCGUUGUGCAUCCGUCUGUGGCGGGGAUGACGUACACGAUGACGACGGCUUCCAGCUUCUUCAUCAACGCCCUAGGGCAGGUGCAGGUCAGCGCUGCCUUGGACUAUGAAGGCCCCCCUACAAGCACCAGCUAUAGUUUGUCAAUAAGAGCCACCAUCAAAGCCGGCACGACCUGCACGGGCACCCUGACUAUUUUGUGACCAACGUGUUCGAUGUUCCUCCAACUCUGACGUCUACCACGGUUGUUGUGACGGUGGAGGAGGAACUGUCCUCUCAGAUCCUGCACGUUAACGCUACAGAUGUUGAGACGCCAUUUGGAGAUAAACUAUCCUACACUUUAUCAGGCCCCAACAGUAUGUUCUUCGCUAUAGACGGGAGUACGGGGAAUGUAUCAGUACGGAGCCCCAUUGAUUACGACGCAGGGUACCACACUCUGUCACUGACCGUGUGGGUGGAGGACCGGGGAGGCAACACCGACCACCUGGACAUAACCGUCAAUAUAGAGGACGUCAACGACAACGCUCCAACGUGUACACCAUACGUUCAUGUUGCAAUCCCAGAAAAUGCAAACAGUGACUCUGUCGUGGCUUCCCUUGUCUGCGCCGAUGGCGAUGCCGGUGCCACAAUGUGGUGUAAUAUUGUUUCCGGGGACCCCAGUUCACAGUUCAUCACGUCAGGGAUGUUAGUGACGACUGAUGGUUCCCUUGAUUACGAGACGACGUCUUUGUACACCUUGACCGUCCACGUCUACGACGACCACAAUGUAUCGGCACGUCACACCGCUUUCGUCACCAUCGUCGUGCAGGUUGAAGACGUCGACGACAAUGCCCCUGUGUGGGUGACGUUGGAACAGACCAUUCCCGUAUCGGAGGCCGUCGUUCCUGGCUCCCCCUUCUUCACUGUACUAGCGGCUGACCCGGACACAACUCCCGGAAGUACCGUCACUUACAUCAUCACAGGAGGUGCAGGCAUGGGCAAUUUCAAAGUCGGUUCUCUAACUGGAGAGUUGUCUGCCCUUGUGGCCUUGGAUUAUGACGGUACCGUUGACUCCUACGACCUUGAGCUGAUUGCAAGUGAUGGCCUUCAUAACACAUCAAGUCUAAAUCUGACCCUCAGCGUCCUGGACGUGAACGACAACGUCCCCGAGUUCCAAGGGACACCGUACACAUUUUCCGUCAUGGAGAAUGCGUCCUUCUCAACUUCUGUAGGAACAGUAACUGCAAAUGAUUCCGACGGAGGACAAAAUGGAGAGUUUAUGUUUUCCUUAGAUGUGUUUCUGCAAGGAGCGCCGUCCCAUUUUACUAUUGACCAGAACAGUGGCGUGGUCAGGACUACAGGGGGACUAGAUCGGGAGAGUCAGGACGUCUACGUAGCUUUGGUCAAGGCUAUAGACAAAGGCCAACCUCGCCAAACAGGAACUGCCACCAUCGUUAUACAUGUCACCGACAUCAAUGACAACUACCCUGUGUUCAGUGCCACCACCUACAGGGGAUCUGUCAUGGAGCAACAGGUCAACCCCAGUGUCCUCACAGUGUCCGCUACAGAUAGGGAUAUCGGCAACCACUCUCGGAUAACAUAUUCCCUAAAUUCCCUUCAUUCAGGACAUUCAUCCCAUUUUUUUAUAAAUAGCUCCACUGGUACAAUUUUACUCAAUACAACGGUAGACCGAGAAGAAGACCCCACCAUCACCUUGUACGUCCUCGCAGUCGAUGGCGGGACACCAGCGUUCACGUCAACAGCGACAGUGAUAAUUGACGUGGAGGAUGUUAACGAACCGCCACAGUGGAUGACGACGGCUAACGUGUCCAUUGCUGAAGGUCUACCGGUCGGGGUACACGUCGCCACAAUUGCAGCGGUAGACGAAGAUUUCGGGAUUGGAGGCACGGUGUUGUAUCGGAUUACGGACAUAUCGGCAAGUAAUGGCAGUCCUUCCUCUGGGGUGUUUGUCGUGAAUGCAGUUACCGGGGAGGUCCGGACUACACGUGUCUUGGACUGUGACCUAGGCAUCAGAUCAUACACCAUCACCUUCAAUGCCACCGAUGGACUCGGAAUGACCGCUUCACACAACUUCAUGUUGACCGUCACCCUGACCGAUGUCAAUGACAACAGCCCAGUGUUUGGGAGUAUCACGUACUCAUUUACAAUAGCAGAGAACGUGAAGGUCGGAACAACGGUAGGUACGGUGUCCGCGUCGGAUGCAGAUGUAGGAAACAAGACUGUGAGGUACAAAACAGAUAAGUUCCUAGAAGGCGAAUCCUCGCAUUUUUCCAUCAUCAGUACCAGUGGCGUCAUAGUGACGGCAGGUAGACUUGACAGAGAGACCAAUGACAGGUACGUGUUCGUGGUGGUUGCCCAGGACACCGGCGUCCCUCCGCUAACAGCUUCCACCACCGUCUCUGCGACAGUCACAGAUGUCAAUGACCACGCGCCACAGUUCAGCUCAGCUCUGUACUCUUGUUGGGUGGUAGAGGACGCCCCAAAAGGCAGCUGCAUUACGUCGGUGACGGUGACGGAUAAAGACGUGAGCAUCAGCGGCAGCGUAACGUUGUCUAUAACAUACCCUCCGCCUGCUGUUGACAUAUUCAGCAUAGAGUCAGCUUCAGGAAGGAUUUGUCUCCGUAAGACCGUAGACAGGGAGGAUAGGUCCUUGUAUAUGUUCACCGUCCGGGCUGAAGAUGGUGGAUCACUCACGUCGACAGCCAACGUCACCGUCCAUGUCAUCGACGUCAACGAUAAUCCACCUGUAAUGUAUCCGGUGUUUUACAAUACUGAAGUUGCUUACACCGGCGUCUGUGGCAGCUCCAUCACCACCGUGACGGCUACAGAUGCAGACACUGGUGAAAAUGGUCAAAUCACGUUCUUCCUGGAGAGGAACGUGUUUAAUUACCUGUUCACUAUUGACCCAGAUUCAGGAGUCUUUUCCAUGAAAUCUCAAGCUGGGAAGAGUUCCCGCUACAUACUGACGGCCUCAGCACGAGAUGGAGGGACCCCGUCACACAACGCAUCCACGCCGGCCGUUAUCCGCGUGGACACGUUAGAUCUCAAUGACGUGGCGGUCACAUGUAGACUGAGCAUAGACGAAGCUGCGUUUGAAGCAAACAGUGCAGUGUUCAUACCUAACAUAGCAUCCAUUGUCAAGAUCAGCUACCCGUCCGCCGUUGUGAAAGUGUGGUGUGUGGAGACGAGGAGUGGCUCGGCGGUGAUCCCGACAUCCUCCAGGCGAAAACUGCUGCAGUCGACUAGUCCCGUUGACGUUCACGUGUAUGCUGUGGCUGACAACACCACCGACGACGUGGACAACAUUAACAAGUCCAAGACAUGUCUAACAUCAGCCCAGCUGUCGCAGUGUCUUGCGUCAGACCCCAGCGGAACACCAGUAGGAGAACUAACAUCAGGAGCCAUGAAAUAUUUCCAUAUCGAGGCUGUAACCUCAUACCACCUGGUGGUGACCCCUUGGGCGGAGACAACCGCUGGUAUAGCAAUCAUCACAGUCAGCGUAUUGCUCGGGGUCGUCCUCAUCUCCGUUACCGUCGUUGUGAUUUGCUACGCCUACAAACGCCGAAAGAGGCCAGUGUCGCCCCAGCGCCCCAGCCACGUGUCCUCGUAUAGGCGUCAGGACAAGAAGCCCAGUAAAGCGUUUGAUAUCGGCUAUCUGAAGAAACAUCCGCCCCCGGCUCUAAUGUCACUUCCGCCUCCUACAUACACGGUGAAGCCCCUGCCUAUGAAGACUGCCGAAGAGGGCAUCACCAGCAUCGACUACACCAACAAAGGCGGCAGGGGCAGGGUGAUCAACAGGGACUUCCGUAGCACAGCUGGGGAUGAAGCUACAGGACGGGUAUACAACUACGACACGAGGACGAACCAGAGACGCUGGAUGAAGACACCCGAAGGGAAACCUGUCCGAGUUACGCAUCACUGACGUUGCCAUGGAGAUGUCAAAUCAGCAAAGUUUCCCUGAAGUAACGGGAUGUGGCACCGGGACACGUGUGGUGAAGCCAAAUGUCUCCCAACCAUGAUGUUGCAGGAUGUUGCCUUGAGAGACAUAAACUCACUCACUCACUCAGACGUGUACGGGAUGUAUCUAAAUAUUUCAAGUUUAUGAUCUGAGGUGGAAAGUAGUCAUGGCUUGUAUGUUACUCCCUUAUUCAUGUAUGAACAGUGUGAACUUUGCGAAUAACCAUAUGUGAUGUAACGCGAGGCACUGCACAUUGCCCAGCCUGGUGUCCAACCAACCGUGUGAUAAUAUCACAAUAUGGAGGUUAUGUAGGCAACACAAGUCAACCUAACCUUAUCUCAUUAUUGUGUUUACAACAAGUAUGUAGAUUAUGAUUAAUUCAUAUAUUAAGAUGCGAUUGAUAAUAUUUUGUUAUCAGUCUCAGAAAUAUGAAAUAUGUAUUUCGGUAUUGACAUAAAGACGUAAACUGU